AUGGCUUCCUCAAAUUCGGCUCUCUCUGAGCCAACCCCUCCUGACUCCAAUGACCUGCGGAUCCUGACAGCAAUUCUCCAAGCGGUAGCAUCAGCCCAACCUAAAGCCUACGCACAAAAGUUCGCACUGCUUAUAUACUGGGACAACGAUAAAUCUCAUAUCAAAGACGAUGUGUCCAUUAUGGAGCGUCUGUUCAAGUCUCUCGGCAUGAAGACUACGCUGCUUGUCCUUGAACCCGCUGGCUACACCGCAGACAUGGCUGUUGUGAUUGAAAUCUACAGACUUCUUUCAAAGUAUUGCGUGGAAACUGAGGACUCUCUAUUCGUGCUCUACUAUAACGGAGACUCGAGUUCGUCUCGGGACGACAUACGAUUUUCGCAGGAUAGCAACUCUUUUUCGCACUAA